AGACUGAGCGCUGCAACCUUCGUGCCGGGGUGACCAGUAACGCCGUAGCCGAGGUGGCGGCGUGGGGCGGGGCAGGUCGAGACCGGAGGAAGGAGGUGGUAGUGCAGGAUGGCGGCGACAACCUAUGAGCAUCUGAAGCUGCAUAUCACACCUGAAAAAUUUUACGUGGAAGCUUGUGAUGAUGGCGCAGAUGAUGUACUUACCAUCGACCGGGUAUCCACAGAGGUGACCCUCUCAGUCAAGAAAGAUGUUCCUCCUUCGGCUGUCACAAGACCAAUAUUUGGUAUUUUGGGCACAAUCCAUCUGGUGGCAGGUAACUAUCUUAUUGUCAUUACCAAAAAGACAAAAGUAGGUGAAUUUUUCAAUCAUGCAAUCUGGAAAGCAACAGAUUUUGAUAUCCUUUCUUAUAAGAAGACAAUGUUGCACUUAACUGAUAUUCAGUUACAAGAUAAUAAAACUUUCCUAGCAAUGUUAAACCAUGUCUUGAAUGUGGAUGGGUUUUACUUUUCAACAACAUAUGAUUUGACCCAUACAUUGCAACGGCUGUCCAACACUAGUCCAGAAUUCCAAGAAAUGAGUCUUUUGGAAAGGGCAGAUCAGAGGUUUGUGUGGAACGGCCAUCUUCUGAGAGAACUUUCUGCUCAGCCAGAGGUUCACCGGUUUGCUCUUCCUGUGCUUCAUGGCUUUAUUACUAUGCACUCGUGUUCUAUCAAUGGAAAAUACUUUGAUUGGCUUCUCAUCUCGAGGAGGAGCUGUUUCAGAGCUGGUGUGCGCUAUUAUGUAAGAGGAAUUGAUUCUGAAGGCCACGCAGCUAACUUUGUAGAAACAGAACAAAUUGUGCACUACAAUGGGAGCAAGGCUUCAUUUAUGCAGACUCGAGGAUCAAUACCAGUUUUCUGGUCCCAAAGACCAAACCUCAAGUACAAACCACUGCCGCAGAUCAACAAAGUAGCAAAUCACAUGGAUGGUUUCCAAAGGCAUUUUGAUUCACAAGUAUUUAUUUAUGGAAAGCAAGUUAUACUCAAUCUGGUUAACCAGAAGGGCUCCGAGAAGCCACUUGAGCAGGCAUUUGCAUCAAUGGUGUCUUCCUUGGGAAGUGACAUGAUCAGGUACAUUGCUUUUGACUUCCAUAAGGAAUGUAAAAAUAUGAGAUGGGAUCGACUAAGUAUUUUAUUGGAUAAAGUAGCAGAAAUGCAAGAUGAAUUAAGUUAUUUUCUAGUGGACUCUGCUGGCAAGGUGGUGACAAACCAGGAAGGUGUGUUCCGCAGCAAUUGCAUGGAUUGUCUAGACAGAACCAAUGUGAUCCAGAGUUUGCUAGCUCGUCGCUCACUUCAGGCCCAGCUUCAGAGACUAGGAGUUUUGCAUGUGGGACAAAAGCUUGAAGAACAAGAUGAAUUUGAGAAGAUUUAUAAAAAUGCCUGGGCUGACAAUGCAAAUGCUUGUGCCAAACAGUACGCAGGGACUGGUGCCUUGAAGACAGACUUCACCAGAACUGGGAAGAGAACUCAGUUGGGACUUGUAAUGGAUGGCUGGAACUCACUAAUACGAUAUUACAAGAACAACUUUUCUGAUGGAUUUAGGCAGGAUUCCAUAGACUUAUUUCUUGGGAACUAUUCAGUGGAUGAAUUAGAAUCUCAUAGUCCUUUAAGUGUUCCAAAGGACUGGAAAUUCCUGGCUUUGCCUAUCAUCAUGGUUGUUGCCUUUUCAAUGUGCAUUAUCUGUUUGCUUAUGGCUGGUGACACGUGGACAGAAACACUGGCUUAUGUGCUCUUCUGGGCCGUUGCAAGCAUUGGAACAUUUUUUAUUAUCCUUUACAAUGGCAAAGAUUUUGUUGAUGCGCCCAGAUUAGUCCAGAAAGAAAAGAUAGACUGAAUUUGUGUCUGUGGAAAGCGGCUU